CUAGAGUUUUGACACGAACUGAAGAUCUAAGAAAAAGAGAAAAGUCACUGUCAAUAAACAUGGCUUCUGGUAUUGCUGAGGGAACGUAUCUCAUAGAAAAUGUGGAAACACAGCGUUACUUGUUCCAAGACGGCCCUGAAAUAAAAGGAAACCGAGGAGACGAAGGCGGUUGGACUGAGGCGCCUAGUGUUGUGGGAGCUGAUGCCAAUUACUACAACCGAGCCUAUUGGAAGAUUAUUCCACAAGGUAACGACAAAUACUUCAUAGAGAAUGUCGAAACAAAGAGGUAUUUGUUUUCAACUGGUGCAAAAAUUGAAGGCGAUCAUGGAAGCGAAGGAGGCUGGACUAAUGCACCUAAAAUUGUGGGAACGGAUGCCAAUUACUACAAUCGGGCCUACUGGAAAAUCAUCCCCCAAGGAGAUGACAAAUACUUCUUUGAAAACUUUGAGACGCUCAGAUACGUAUUUCAAGAUGGCCCCAAAAUAGAAGGAAACCGAGAGGAUGAAGGGGGAUGGACGUCUGCUCCCAAGACUCUGGGUUCUGAUGCCAAUUACUACAACCGCGCUUACUGGAAACUACUCAAGCAGUAGACUAACGAUAAAACCUGAAACUGUGACUUUUUUGUGCUUCUUUUCCCAGUAACAAGUAUUUCGAAAGUAGUUUUUAGUUUUAGUUUAAGCGGAGUGGUCUUUGAGCAGCGCUGGACAUAUGAAGCUGGGCACGGAGGUUGACAGCGGAGAGAACACUAGUGGCCACGCCAAUCAAAAGGCACCAUUUUUUAAUCAAAAGCUCUUAUGAGCUAUUUCAGGGUUUAUCUUAAUGAAUCAAUAAAGAGGCGAGAGCUUAAAUCCUUUGCCAUCUCCUUCCAAUAGCGCGUGACGGCUGAACUUUUUCUCUAUUAAACCUUUUGUGUAAUUAUGUAUAUUAAACUAAGAGGGAGACACUUUUAAUCUUUAAUCUUUACAGAUUCUGAUGAGAAUUGAGGCUGAAAUGUUGCCCUUUGAACAGUACUUGACUUGAAAAUUUCCAAACUCAACUCUCCUCGUUUUCUUUCUCUUUUAGCAA